AUGCCGCUUUCCGAACGUGGAGUUCUGAACCUGAAGGUGGUGAACGCCGAGGAUGGGGUGGACCUGCUCUGUCUCAAAUGGCCAGCCGGGGCUGGCAGUCGCUGGUACCUGGCGAUUCCUUUGCGAACGUGCUCUGUUGGAAUCAUCCUGGCCCUGCCCAGCAAGACCCUCAGCGCCGAGAUCCUCGAGGAGGCGGAGGACGCUGGUGGAGAUGGCCUGGUGGGGCCGAGCCAAGUGGUGACGGUGGGGGUCCACGAGACAGCCGUCGAUGGCGAGCUGCUGGAGGUGCAGAUGGUGGAGUUUGGCAUGGGCAUCCAUCGACAACUGGAGAAAAGAACUCCCCGAUCCCGUCGAGCCAUUGUGGGGUUCGCAGAGGAUGUUUCCUCUCUCCCGAAUCUGAGCGAGCUGAACAUCUUGGUGGAAAGCUGGCUGGACGGCGGCGACUUGAGACUCGAGGAGUACUGGACUGCUGCCGAGGAACCAGUGGCCGAGGUCGCGGCGCCGACAUCCAACGACGCCGUGCUGCAGCACCUCCAGGACUUGAAGGACUCGCUGGACCAGAGGUUUGUGGGCAUCGAAGCCGCAGUGCGGAAGUUGGAGACAAAGCAGCCGGCAGCCCGGGAAUUGCAGUCCAGGGCGCCAUUAGACGGCUUCGGGCAAAGGAGCGCCAGCUCAGGAGAGCCCAACGUGGAAUCCAUCUUGGCCCAAGCCAGAACGCAUGUGAAGCGGCCGCCCCGGCGAACGCUCGACGAACCCGAGCGAGGAGGGGAGACUGCAGUGGACGUGGACCGGAUGGCUCAACAUGGUUCCGAAGCCCCUUCAGUCGACGAGAUGAUGAAGCUGGCGCUAGUUCGCCUGCUGGAAGAUCGGUCCGGCAAAACCAAGAAGAAGGCCAAGAAACUUCCGGGCCUAGAGUCUUGGGAGGAGAGCGAAAGCAGCGGCGAAGAGGCUUCAAGUUGGAGCGCGAGUUCAAAAGGCGGCCGGGGCAUAGCUGCGGUGGAACGCCUUUGGGGCGCGAUGCGGAACCAUCCGGAAGCCUAUCAGGAACGGAUGGAGCAGAGAAUGCUCAAAGCUGUGGAGGCGACCGAGAUGACGCCCAACAUCCCGCUCCUCUACGCAAAGUCUGUUCCGGUAGGGAAGUCACGAACAGCUGGCUACUGCCUCCAGGGCUUUGCUCAGGUCCACCGCCUUCUGCUGGAGAACAAGCCGAAGCAAGCUCGACUGCAAGUUCUUCGAAUGGAGGCUGCGCUGGAGCAGUUCCUGAUCGACGAGUCUUGGGUGGUGGCCGGCAGGCUGACAGGAAUGGAAGAGCCUCCAUGGGGUCACUGGGCUACUCAGGACGUGAGCGCUCUCAGGAAGCAGUACGUCUACACGCGGCUAGCCGAAAGCACAUGGGUGGCCGCUCUCAUCAACGAGCUGAAGGAAGAAGAAUGGCUGGUCAAGAAGCGCGCUGCACUCGGCAAGCCGAAGGGCAAAGGCGAGGGCAAGGACGCGGGCGGAAAGGAGACCGGCGCCUGA